AUUUCCAAGUGGAAAUGUUCCCGUAGCUUUCUGAGAAGCAAAGUAUGACAAUUUUGAGUUAAACAUGAAUCAUUGAAGAGCGUCAUUGAAAAUGUUGUUUCUAGAACCGCAGUGUUAGGCUGGCCAUCCACUCCACAGUGAGCAGACACCUCUUGGCCUUCUGUUCCUUCUGUUCCCUCAAGGGUCAUUCAUUCAAAAGCACGGAGAAUGCUGGGAAAUGACCUACAGACAAGUGUCUGCUUGUGAAGUGUGAUCCGCACUGCCACUGAACAGUGUGCCGCAAGAGUUGACAUUGGAAAUGACCUUGUUGAGGGACAGCAAGGAACAGUCACUCUGUUGGAAAAGGAACGAGGGACUGGCUCUUGGGUGAUCGAUAUGCCGGAACACAACCCUGGCAAUUUGGGAGGAACGAUGAGGCUGGGACUGAGAAGAACUGUUUUCAAAACUGAAAAUUCAAUAUUGAGGAAGCUUUAUGGUGAUGUUCCUUUUAUAGAAGAAAGACACAGACACCGGUAUGAGGUGAAUCCUAACCUCAUCAGCCACUUUGAGCAGAAAGACCUAAGUUUUGUAGGUCAGGAUGUUGAUGGAAAGAGGAUGGAAAUCAUUGAACUGGCAAAUCAUCCCUACUUUGUUGGUGUCCAAUUCCACCCUGAGUUUUCUUCAAGGCCGAUGAAGCCUUCCCCACCAUACUUGGGACUCUUACUUGCAGCAACUGGAAACCUGAGUGCCUACCUGCAACAGAUGUGCAAACCGUCUUCCAGGUAACCAGCUUUACUGCACCUAGCAGUGACCCGGAUGCAUAGAUACUAACAUCUUAGGUG